CUGUACAAAUAUCUCCACUUCCUGUCAACAGGAUCACCCCAACCGAGCCAUGUCCUGAUUUUAAUUUUCCACUCUGCUCGCUGAAAGGGAUUUCCGCCGCACCGUUUUGGCCUGGCGUAAGCUCCAGCCUUGAGCAUCCCUGCGCCUUUCUGCCCGGACUGACGGGCGAUUUCACUUUCCCAGCCGCCCCGCCAGCGCGCGCGGAAUCGGCCUCUCGGCGGCCCGGACGGCCGAGAUCCAAGAUGGCUUCCCCCACGGGGCAAGGCCGCCGAGCGGCCAUGUUGCCGCAGCGGAAAAGACGGGGUCCAGUUGUCUUUCCUCUAGAAAUGAUUACGACUCUUGUUGGCCGCAGUCCCGCGGCGCUGAGACACGCGGACGAAGUUCAGCGAAGUAAGUUCAGACGCCGGCCGGUCGCAGUGGUGUGCGGAGAAAAUCAGCCUAUAGGUGCUGGCUCCCCAGGGACAAGAGGGAUCCAGGGGAAAAGGAAGAGAAGAUUCCAAGACUUGGGCAUCAGCAUUUCUGAGGAAACCCUUGACUGGAGACUGAGAUUUUUGAGCAGAAAUUUAUAGCUGAUCCAGAAGAGCUAAAGACAGAGCUUCCCCAGUUAGCAACCAUUUCCCAAAAGUGGAAGAAGAUGAUCCAGGCCCAGGAAUCGCUGACUCUGGAGGACGUGGCCGUGGACUUCUCCCGGGAGGAGUGGCAGCUCCUGGCCCCCGCCCAGAAGGACCUGUACCGGGACGUGAUGCUGGAGAACUACAGGAACCUGGUGUCGCUGGGGUAUCACGCCAGCAAACCAGAUGCACUCUCCAAGUUGGAACAAGGAGAACUUUGGACAAUAGAAGAUGCAAUCAACAGUCGAAUCCGCCCAGAAAUCAGGAAAGUUGAUGGACACUUGCAGUGUCAGUUACAAAAUCAAAGCAUUCAGAAGAGUGUGGAACAAUGCUGUGAAUAUAUUACAUUUGCAAACAUUUUUAAUCAGAGUGAAAGUGAUUUUCUAUUAAAGCAAAAUUAUGAUAUGUUUGAUUUACAUGAAAAAUCUUUGAGAUCAAAUACAAGUUUUGAAAGCCAGAGUAUAAGCUGGAAUGUGGAGAACUCUGCUGAGUUUAAUGAAGACGGGAAAUCCCUACUGCAUGGUACCCACAAACAAUUUUACAGUGUAAAUAAAUUUCCUGUAGGUGUAAAACCCAUCAACAAUAAUUCCCAGGUCACGAAACAACAGAGAACUCAAAACAUGCAGAAAGCCCAUGUAUGCAGUGAAUGUGGGAAAGCCUUUGUCAAGGUGUCUCAGCUUACUGAUCAUCAGAGAGUUCAUACUAGAGAGAAACCUCAUGGAUGCAGUAUGUGUGGGAAAGCAUUUUCCAGAAAAUCAAGGCUAAUUGAACAUCAGAGAAUUCAUACAGGACUGAAACAUUAUGAAUGCACUGAAUGUGACAGAACGUUCCUUAAGAAAUCACAAUUCGACAUACACCAGAAAACUCAUAAGGGACAGAAACAUUACACAUGUAAUGAAUGUGGGAAAGCGUUCAUCAAGAAGUGUCGGCUCAUUUAUCAUCAGCGAACUCAUACAGGAGAGAAGCCCCAUGGAUGCAGUCUAUGCGAGAAAGCCUUCUCCACGAAGUUUAGUCUCACUACGCAUCAGAAAACUCAUACAGGAGAGAAACCCUACAUAUGCAGUGAGUGUGGUAAAGGCUUCAUAGAGAAGAGGCGUCUUGUUGCACAUCAUCGAACUCACACUGGUGAGAAACCUUUUAUAUGCGAUGAAUGUGGGAAAGGUUUCACCUUGAAGAACAGUCUUAUCACACAUCAGCAAACUCAUACAGAAGAGAAAUUGUACACAUGCAGUGAGUGUGGAAAAGGCUUUUCGAUGAAGCACUGUCUCGUCGUACAUCAGCGAACUCAUACAGGAGAGAAACCCUACACAUGUACUGAGUGUGGAAAAGGCUUCACCUUGAAGAGUCCUCUCAUCAGACAUCAGCGAACACACACGGGAGAGAAACCCUAUGUAUGUAGCGUAUGCGGAAAAGGCUUCGCCAUGAAGAGUGAUCUCAUUGUACAUCAGCGAACUCAUACUGCUGAGAAACCAUACAUCUGCAGUGAUUGUGGGAGAGGCUUCACUGUGAAGAGCCGCCUGAUUGUACAUCAGCGAACUCAUACCGGAGAGAAGCCUUAUGUAUGCAGUGAAUGUGGAAAAGGCUUUCCAGCAAAGGUACGGCUGAUUGGACAUCAACGAACUCAUACAGGAGAGAAGCCCUAUAUUUGCAGUGAAUGUGGAAAAGGCUUCACAGAGAAGAGUCAUCUCAAUGUCCACAGGCGCACUCAUACAGGAGAGAAACCCUAUAUAUGCAACGAAUGUGGCAAAGGCUUAACUGGGAAAAGCAUGCUCAUCGCACAUUUGCGAACUCAUACUGGGGAAAAACCAUACAUAUGCAAUGAAUGUGGAAAGGGCUUCACCAUGAAGAGUACUCUAGGUAUUCAUCAGCAAACUCAUACUGGAGAGAAGCCAUACAAAUGCAACGAAUGUGAUAAAGCCUUCAGGAAGAAGACCUGCCUCAUACAACAUCAGAGAUUUCACACAGGAAAAACCUCCUUUGCAUGUACCGAAUGUGGAAAAUUUUCUUUGCGCAAAAAUGAUCUCAUUACCCAUCAGAGAAUUCACACAGGAGAGAAACCAUAUGAAUGCAGUGAAUGUGGGAAAGCCUUCACGACCAAGUCAGGGCUCAAUGUUCAUCAAAGAAAACAUACAGGAGAAAGGCCCUAUGGAUGCGGUGAUUGUGGGAAAACUUUUGCUCACUUGUCAAUCCUUGUUAAACAUAAGAGAAUUCACAGAUAGUCACUCUAGGAAAAAUCUGUUGCCAGUUGUAGGCCCUCAAUAAUUUGCAAUGAAGAAUCAAUGCAAAGAAUGGUAUUAUCUUUAGUGAUCAAUUACAUCAUGUUUUAUGUUGACAAAAAAAUUUACAAAACUACUCACAUGCAGUCAGCCUUAAUGAAAAUAUUUUAGGACAUUAUACAUCUAAAAAGUGUUGACUAAAAUAGAGUCUAUGAAUGUGAAAGACUAGGAAAGUCUUCAGUGGGAACUAGACCUAUCAUUGUGAUCAUCACAGAUCAUGAAUGAAAAAGGAAACCCUUUGCCUAGACCUCAAUAGAUAUCAGUUCUCACUAGAGAAGUACUUUCCUAUGGCAAUAAAUAUAGCUGGUCUUGAAGUAAUAUUUGCCAGGAAAUCCACACAGAAAUAACUUGGGAACAAAUUUAAUGUGGUGGACUUCAACAAAAUACCAGACAACUUAAGGAAAGAAGCCUUGGGGAAAUGAUGAAUGAGAGCAUUGUCACAUGUCUAAACAGAUUAAUACACCUCUCAAGCAUUGAGAACAGGGUACCUUCAGCCAUAUUUCUGAUUGCCUUGUCAUUGAUUUUAUACAUUUUAAAUAGUGGCAUUACCCUCGUUAUGUAUUAAAUUUCAGUAUGUACAACA